AUGAGGGGUUAUGCCACAAAGAAGACUGCUGCACCGGCCAAGGCCAAGCCAAAGUCCAAGGCGUCGGGUCCGCAGAAGUCGAACAAGCCCGUCAAGAACAAGAAGAUCAAGAUCGUGCUCACCAGCGACGUGCCCAGCGUGGGCGUCAAGGGCGAGGACGUCGAGGUGGCUAAGGGCUUCGCCCGCAACUACCUUUUCCCUCAGAAGCUUGCCGUGUACUGCACCGAGGAGAACCUCAAGCUCUACGAAGCCGAUAGAGCGAACAUCGACUAUGAGAAGCGACAGAAGCUGCAGGAGCUGGCCAAGGCCAAGAAGCGGUUGUCCAAGGUCGAGGUGCUCAUGAAGCGUCAGAUCAUCCAAGUCCAACCCGAACAGAUACUCCAUGCCCCCGUGACGGCGGACAACAUCGUGGAAAAGCUGUGGCUGCAGCACAAGAUUCAGCUGGCCAAGGACCAGCUCGACCUCGAAGCCCCGAUCUCGCAGCUGGGCACCUUCUCCGUGCCGGUGAAGCUCGAAGACAUCGACGUUCCCCUCAAGGUGCGCGUGCAGGCCCGCUGA